CGGCAGAAGUUGGUGACCAUUUGUUCAGCAAUGUGUGUGUCACAGGCUGGAGCUUUCCCCUGUCCCCUGCUAUGCAGAGCUAUUAAAGCUAUUUUGAAAGUGACCCUUCAGCCUAGGCACAUUCAGAAAGGGAGAGAGAGAGGGGAGAGAGAGGAGGGAGCAGCUGUUUGGAACCAUGACUGAAGAUGACGGAUUCGGUUGUGGUGGAGGGUCAAGUCAGAUUGAGAGAUGGAAAAAAGUGGAAGAAUAGAUGGGUGGUGCUCAGGAAACCUUCGCCUGUAGCAGAUUGCUUGUUAAUGCUGGUGUACAAAGAUAAAUCUGAGCGGACGAAGGGACACAAAGAGAAGAGCAGUGUGACGCUGGAAGACAUCUGCGGUCUGGAUCCAGGGAUUUCGUAUGAGGGAAUGAGCCAGACGCUCGCUAUCAUCUGUUUCACGCAAGUUGUUAUGCUGGGAUUUGAUAACAAAGACAUAAUGAAUGCAUGGGAUGUGCGGAUCCGAUACAGUUUGGGCGAAGUUCACAGAUUCCAUGUUGGCGUGUUGCCUGGUACCAAGUUGGAAAGUGGACCUGCCACACUUCAUUUGUGCAAUGACAUAUUAGUUUUGGCAAGAGAUAUUCCUCCUGUGGUCAUUGGCCAGUGGCGAUUAACAGAUCUGCGACGCUAUGGAGCGGUGGCAAACGGAUUUGUGUUUGAGGGAGGAACCAGAUGCGGAUAUUGGGCCGGUGUCUUUUUUCUUUCUUGCGCAGACGGUGAUCAGAUCAGUUUUCUAUUUGACUGCAUAGUUCGUGGCAUUUCUCCAACCAAAGGGCCGUUUGGGCUGCGACCCGUCCUCCCAGAUCCUAACUUCAAUCCGGCCUAUAUGGAGGAGCGAGUGGCCCAUGAAACUCUGCAAUUGGAGAAGCGGCUCAGUUUGCUGUCUCAUCACAGUCUGGGAGGUGAUGACAGAAGUUUGUCCAGCUCUUCUUCAGACACCAGCCAUUCAGAUGCUAGUGCUGGGAGCAGGCUUACGAUUUGGCCGGAGGCUUCUUCAGCUUCGUCGGCCAGUACUUCAGCAGAAAGUCAUGGAAUGGCAGCAGCAAAGGGCAUUCACCUCCGGGAAGAAAGAGCUUAUGCUGAGGCUCACCGUACUUCCAAACCUCCUCCUAAACCCGUACAGUCUAGGCAGCUGCAGGAAAUAGGUCGUCAAAGCUCCUCCGACAGUGGCAUAGCGACGGGCAGCCACUCUUCCUACUCUGGGAGCUUUUCAUCUUAUGCUGAGAGCUUGGACAUUUGCCAUGGUGAAGAGUUUGGUUCAGUGCUUAGCUUGCCAUUGAACUUAACUGCAGAUCAGAACGUAUGUACUUGCCAGCCCGUUGAGUCACAUAGAGGCUCCGAGUAUCAGAUUCCUGGUUCUGUCAGACAUCUAUAUGACACACCCCGAAGUGUAUUACAAGCAGCUGCUAGAGAUACUCUGCCCAAGAGUUCAGAUUUCACGAUACCCCAGGACCAUUCACAAGCAACUCAUGGCAUUACUGAUGCUAAGCAAUUGCUAGCACAGAUGGAGACAAAGACAACCAGUGAACAAGGCCACGACCGGAGUAGACACCUCUCUUUGCAUCAAGAGAGCAAGGACUCGGCUGAUGAAACCUAUGUGGAUUUUGUUCCAAAGUGGACAACUACAAAACCACAAUCGCAGAUGGCUGAGCCAAAGAGCACUGAUUUGGCAGCACCAUCUGCAAUAACCCCAUCCGACACUUGUGAAAUAUGUAGCCCCCAGCCUGGGAUUACAAGAGCUCUUUUUGCAUCAUGCCCAGUCUGUGGAGGGCUAAAGGGAGCUGCAGCUUCGCAGAUGGGGAUGUUACCCAACACAUCACACGGUGCUACCCCUGCAUUAGCAGGAGCCCCUAAACUGCCCAAGGGACAGACACUUUUGCUUAGUUCAGCAGGGGCAGCAGCUUAUCCAGCCGAGCCACUGGUUUCUGACCGACCUCGCAGUGAAUCAGCAACAUAUGUUAAUAUUCCCAUCAGCCCUACAGCAAAGAAACAGCUCCAUUACUUGGCAUUAGAACUUCAAGAUCCUAAUACAAGAAUAAGAGGAGGAGGUUCCACCAAGUAUGCUCAAAUAGACAUUGCUGCAACAGAGACGGCCCAUAAAGUAGGAUCCCAGCACGCACAGUCCAGAGAGGAACGUCUUCAGGAGCUUGAACAGAAGAGAAAAGGAGCACAACAGUGACCAGACUCAAGGGCGGUGGGCACCCAAGUCCGUGGGGCAAUGAACCACAAACCUGUAAUUGCUGAAGAAACCAGCGCUGUUUUUUUCCAAACAUAGGUGCAAAGUAAUGCAUUGGUGGCCAUAUAUAUGGUAUGUGGGCCAAAUGUUCUGCAAGCUCUCAAGGCCUAGUGUUCCAGUAAAGAAUAGGCGACCUGUUGUCUCAGAACAGCUCACACUUUAUUUACAAGAACAUGUAGCAUGUCGAUACAGGGGGUCAUUCCAAAAGUCAUAUUCCACACUGGAAUCAUGUAGAAUGAUCUGGUUUCAGGCAAUCUCCAAGGUUUUCUGGAUUAUUUCACACACAUGAUCCUAUCUUGCUGAAGUAUUCCAUUUCAAUUACUAUGUAUUGUUGGAGGUUGAAGGUUUUCUAGAAUAUCUCUCUAAAAUGAUUAUAGAAACGGGCAACGGGCAACGUUCUCUGGAAUAUUUCAGUCAAUGCAGUUUAUAUAGCUGAAGGCAAUGCCGAAAGUUCUUCUGGGAUAUAUUACGUAAAUUAUCAUAUAUGGUUGAAGGCAAUGCCCACUAUUGUCUAGAAUAUUGUAUUUAAAUUAUUUUUACAAAGUCCAUAUGUCCUUCAAGGUGGCAGUAAUAUUUUGUAUGGACGUCUAUAACAGACUAUUUAUUUUUGUGUCAAUAUUUAAUGUAAUGUGCAUAUACUUUUAUAAAUAAUGGUUUCCUGCAACAUA